GUAACAUUGAGUACAGCUGCCCUAUGAUGAAUGAUUGUGAGAUCACCAAGCGUCGUAGGAAGUCGUGCCAAGCAUGCCGCUUCCAGAAGUGCCUGCGUGCCGGCAUGAUGAAGGAAGGUGAGACUUGAUGACCAACUCAUCAACUCAUCUCAAUGGAAUCACUGGGCUCAAUAAACUGACAUGCUUAAGCGUACAGGCCCACAGAAGGCGUACAGGCCCACAGAACGCACACAGACUGACUUAGAGUUUUUAAUUACUCAACCUCUAUUUGUAUUUAUUAAGGAUCCCCAUUAGCUGCUGCCAAGGCAGCGGCUACUCUUCCUGGGGUCCUGCAACAUUAAGGCAGUUACUGUAUAUACAAUUUAAAAUAUUACAUAACAUUACAUUUCAUAACACUUUUCACAACACUUUAAGUGUGUUCCCUCAGGCCACUACUCUACUACCACAUAUAUACAAUACAAAAUCAAUUUAUACGUGUGUGUGUAGAGUGCGUGUCUUAUCAUGUGUAUGUGUAAGCGUGUGUCUGUGCCUGUGUUUGUUUCUCUUCACAGUCCCCGCUGUUCCAUAAGGUGUAUUUGUAUCUGUUUUUUUAAACUGAUUCUACUGCUUGCAUCAGUUACCUGAUGUGGAAUAGAGUUCCAUGUAGCCAUGGCUCUAUGUAGUACUGUGCGCCUCCCAUAGUCUGUUCUUGAGAGCAUGAGAGCACCAGCUGUUCCGGAUGACUAUGUGAUCACACUCUCCGUAGCCGAUGUGAGUAAGACUUUUAAGCAGGUCAACAUUCAUAAGGCCGCAGGGCCAGAGGGAUUACCAGGACGUGUACUCCGAGCAUGUGCUGACCAACUGGCAACUGUCUUCACUGACAUUUUCAACAUGUCCCUGACUGAGUCUGUAAUAUCAACAUGUUUCAAGCAGACCACCAUAGUCCCCGUGCCCAAGGACACUAAGAUAACCUGCUUAAAUGACUACCGACCCGUAGCACUGACGUCUGUAGCCAUGAAGUGCUUUGAAAGGCUGGUCAUGGCUCACAUCAACACCAUUAUCCCAGAAACCCUAGACCCACUCCAAUUUGCAUACUGCCCCAACAGAUCCAGAGAUGAUGCAAUCUCUAUUGCACUUCACACUGCCCUUUCCCACCUGGACAAGAGGAACACCUACGUGAGAAUGCUAUUAAUUGACUACAGCUCAGCAUUCAACACCAUAGUGCCCUCAAAGCUCAUCACUAAGCUAAGGAUCCUGGGACUAAACACCUCCCUCUGCAACUGGAUCCUGGACUUCCUGACGGGCCGCCCCCAGGUGGUAAAGGUAGGUAACAACACAUCUGCCACACUGAUCCUCAACACAGGGGCCCGUCAGGGGUGCGUGCUCAGUCCCCUCCUGUACUCCCUGUUCACCCAUGACUGCAUGGCCAGGCACGACUCCAACACCAUCAUUAAGUUUGCCGACGACACAACAGUGGUAGGCCUGAUCACCGACAACGAUGAGACAGCCUAUAGGGAGGAGGUCAGAGACCUGGCCGUGUGGUGCCAGGAUAACAACCUCUUCCUCAACGUGACCAAGACAAAGGAGAUGAUUGUGGACUACAGGAAAAAAAAGAGGACUGAGCACGCCCCCAUUCUCAUCGACGGGGCUGUAGUGGAACAGGUUGAGAGCUUCAAGUUCCUUGGUGUCCACAUCACCAACGAACUAUCAUGGUCCAAACACACCAAGACAGUCGUGAAGAGGGCACGACAAAGCCUAUUCCCCCUCAGGAGACUGAAAAGAUUUGGCAUGGGUCCUCAGAUCCUCAAAAAAUUCUACAGCUGCACCAUCGAGAGCAUCCUGACUGGUUGCAUCACCGCCUGGUAUGGCAACUGCUUGGCCUCCGACCGCAAGGCGCUACAGAGGGUAGUGCGUACAGCCCAGUACAUCACUGGGGUCAAGCUUCCUGCCAUCCAGGACCUCUAUACCAGGCGGUGUCAGAGGAAGGCCCUCAAAAUUGUCAAAGACUCCAGCCACCCUAGUCAUAGACUGUUCUCUCUGAUACCGCACGGCAAGCGGUACCGGAGUGCCAAGUCUAGGUCCAAAAGGCUUCUCAACAGCUUCUACCCCCAAGCCAUAAGACUCCUGAACAGCUAAUCAUGGCUACCCGGACUAUUUGCACUGCCCCCCACCCCCACCCCCCACCCCAUAUUUUUACGCUGCUGCUACUCUGUUAAUUAUUUAUGCAUAGUCACUUUAACUCUACCCACAUGUACAUAUUACUUCAACUACCUCAACUAGCCGCUGCCCCCGCACAUUGACUAUGCACCGGUACCCCCCUGUAUAUAUAGCCUCCCUACUGCUAUUUUAUUUUACUUCUGCUCUUUUUUUUCUCAACACUUUUUUGUUGUUUUAUUUUACUUUUUUUAUUAAAAAUAAAUGCACUGUUGGUUAAGGGCUGUAAGUAAGCAUUUCACUGUAAUGUCUGCACCUAUUGUAUUCGGCGCAUGUGGCCAAUAAAAUUUGAUUCAAUUUGAUUUUUUGACUUGGGGAUUGAGGAUCAAUCAAUGAACAAACAUGAUGAUCACUGAUAAUCAUGUUUGUGUCACUACAGGUGUUCGCAUGGACAGAGUAAGAGGAGGACGUCAGAAAUACAAGAGAAGGGGGGACUCUGGGCUAUCUCUUUAUAUGAAGGCCCCAUACACACACCUCAUCAAGUCCAACGGUGAGUACCCUCGGUCAUACAGCACUCAUACACUCCAAUAAGAGCCUUGUCAGUCACAAACGGGGAGUACACUAGAGUACAUUACUAACAGCGGUGUAAAGUACUUAAGUUUUUUUGGGUAUCUGUACUUUACUAUUUAUAUUUUUGACAACUUUUACUUUUACUUCCCUAAAGAAAAUAAUGUACUUUUUACUCCAUACAUUUUCCCUGACACCCAAAAGUACUCGUUACAUUUUGAAUGCUUAGCAGGACAGAAAAUUGUUGAAUUUACACACUUAUCAAGAGAACAUCCCUGGUCAUCCCUAUUGCCUCUGAUCUUGCGGACUCACUAAACACAAAUGCUUUGUUUGUAAAUUAUGUCUGAGUGUUGAAGUGUGCCUUUGGCUAUCCGUAAAUUUUAAAAAUAUAAGGAAUUUUAUUCGUACUUUUACUUUUACUUUUGAUACUUAAGUAUAUUUUUGAAAUUACAUUUACUUUUGAUACUUAAGUAUAUUUAAAACCAAAUACUUUUAGACUUUUACUCAAGUAGUAUUUUACUGGGUGACUUUCACUUUUACUUGAGUAAUUUUCUAUUAAGGUAUCUUUACUUUUACUCAAGUAUGGCAAUUGGGUACUUUUUCCACCACUGAUUACAAAUAUAUCUGUUUGACCUCUUUCAGGAAACAAAGUGAUCUCCCAGCUCCUCUUGACAGAGCCAGCCCCCCUGUGUGCCACGCCUGACAACUCAACCAAUGACGACAACCUUAAAGCCCUGCUGACGCUGUGUGACCUCCUAAACAGGAAACUCCUGGUCAUGAUUGGCUGGGCAAAGCAUAUCCCAGGUACCCACUCCUGUUGCUCUUGUAGGUCAUGUUAAAUAAGCAUGACUCCCUGCUUAAAUACGAAAAAGACUAUGCCAUGCCAAUUAACACUAGUACAAAUGGACAAAGUUGACUUUUUAUACUGUGAGAAUUUAUAGAGUAUUAUGUUUCCAUAUUUGCCCUUCCAGGCUUCUCGGCCCUUUCAUUGGUGGACCAGAUGACCCUGCUGCAGAGUGGUUGGAUGGAGACGCUGGUGCUGUCAGUGGUGUCACAGUCUCUGGGCUAUGGGGAGGAGCUGGUGUUUGCUGGGAACCUGCGUCUGGUCCAGGCCCAGUGCAGAGCGGCCGGACUCUCUGACCUCUACACCGCCCUGAGACAGCUGAUCACCAAGUACCAGCAGAUGAGCCUGAGCCAAGAGGAGGUGGUCACUCUCAAGGCUAUGGCCCUCGCCAACUCAGGUACUAACUACAUGGCAUGCACUGGAUAUCUGUUAUCAGUCGUUUGGUGUUGUCAGCUGUGACAGAGCAAACUCAAGAGACCUAGCUGUACCCUUGUACAAUCGCUCUUAAAAAGCAUUAUAAGAAUGGCAGAACUACCAAAAAUAUAUACCACUAACUAACCUGUCUGGCAAGUGCUUACAAUAAUUAAUUGUGUUACAUUCAGCUUUACGAUACACUGACUUGGUACAAAAUCUACUGCACCGUCCUCAGGCAGCCCUACAUACAGCCACUCCUUCAGGACUGUGGAGAGAGUUAGGGCUCUAUUCAAUCCGUAUUGUGGAAGUUCAGCAUUGUAGCGUGAUUGAAAUGUAAAGGCAAUGUUACCACGUUAGUGGAGACUGUAUUUACGUAAACGCUGCAUAUGUCGGCUCGAUCGGAAAUUACCUUUACAUGUCUAUCUUGCAAUCUGUAACGCUUUGGCAAUACAGAUUGAUUAAAGCCCCUAAGUGUGAUCCACAGUGCCUUUCCCUCAGGGUUUGUCCUUGAACACACUUUUGCUCCAGGGUCAAGUCCCCUAGCAGGGCAAGGUUAAAUGAUGGUCAAUGACAUGAAAAACUACUAGCUGUCAGGGAAUGAAUUAGUGGCUAGAUUUUAGUUUAUUAAUCAUUUUCAAUCACCUCUGUACAAACUGCCACUCUUCAGACCACCAUGACAGAGAGUGGGGAGGUCUAGACCUCUGCCAAAUCUGUUCUCCAACAACCACUUCUCUCACCCCUCCCUCCCCUCCCACUGUUGUUCCCCAGGCCACAGCAAGUGGAAACUGAUCAAUAUCCUAACAGUGAGAAGGCUGCUUCUGCCCUCAGCCCUUGAUCAAUAAAUCCAUCUGCCUCCCAGCGCCCCGCAAAUUAUCCCAGGAAUUAGCCUGACACUCCGGGGCAGUCACACCGCCUGAGGUGGCUAGAAGGAUCAGAGGAGGGAGCCUUUGUUUUUACAUUUACAGUCCUUUCAGAAAAAUGAGGGUUGGCUGCAUGCAACUUAACCUUCGCUCGUUCAUUAGCCCUCAAUGGUGAAACAAAUGUGGUGGACAAUGGGAUCUGACACGCUGUCGUGCCGAAACAAGGGGAGGUUUUAACACCCGAUUCCACCCACACCCAAACACCCACAGGCCUCCCUUGACCUUGUCUCUCCCCGCUCAGACUCAGAGAACCUGGAGAGUGCGGAGGCAGUGCAGCAGUUCCAGGACGGACUCCAUGAGGCCCUGCAGGAGUACGAGAGCGCCCAGCACCCAGCAGAGCUCCACCGAGCAGGCAAACUGCUCAUGACCCUGCCCCUGCUCCGGCAGACUGCCAACUGCGCCGUGGACUCCUUCUGCCGGCUCCACCUGGAGGGCCGCGUGCCCAUGCACAAACUCUUCCUGGAGAUGCUGGACGCCAAAAUA